AUGACGUGUGAGUGCUGGUGGGUGCCCCAACUAGGCACUCCCUCAGUGGGUGCCCCCCAACUAGGCACUCCCCCAGUGGGUGCCCCCCCAACUAGGCACGCUCCCCCAGUGGGUGCCCCGCAACUAGGUACUCCCCCAGUGGGUGCCCCCCAACUAGGCAUGCCCCCAGUGUGUGCCCCCCAACUAGGUACUCCCCCUAGGGUGGGGCGAGUGCUCGACCUGAAGAGGGGCAGAAUAGUUAUAUUUGCCCGUCAGCCACAAGCUCCAUCCCAAAGCUAUCAACAACCCGCCCGUCAGCCACAAGCUCCAUCCCAAAGCUAUCAGCAACCCCCCCGUCAGCCUCAAGCUCCGUCCCAAAGCUAUCAACAACCCGCCCGUCAGCCACAAGCACCAUCCCAAAGCUAUCAACAACCCGCCCGUCAGCCACAAGCUCCACAACAAAGUUAUCAACAACCCGCCCGUCAGCCACAAGCUCCGUCCCAAAGUUAUCAACAACCCGCCCGUCAACCACAAGCUCCAUCCCAAAGCUAUCAGCAACCCGCCCGUCAGCCACAAGCUCCAUCCCAAAGCUAUCAACAACCCGCCCGUCAGCAACAAGUACCAUCCCAAAGCUAUCAACAACCCGCCCGUCAGCCAGAAGCUCCACAACAAAGUUAUCAACAACCCGCCCGUCGGCCACAAGCUCCACAGCAAAGUUAUCAACAACCCACCCCUCUGCCACAAGCUUCAUCCCAAAGCUAUCAACAACCAUCGCAGCAGACAUCAGUAUACGACAAUCAGGCUCCUGCCCAGUACGACUUCGAAUGGAUUGUGAGUGAGGCUAAUUCUGGCAACAACUUCGGUCACCAAGAGACUCGAGACGGUGACAGGACAGACGGGUCUUAUUUCGUGGAUCUUCCAGACGGGCGUCGACAACGAGUCACUUAUUAUGUGGAUGGAGACUCUGGCUUUGUUGCUGAGGUCACGUACGAAGGUGAAGCUCAAUUUCCUCAACAAACUCAACAGUCUUAUCGAGCUCCCCAACAGCCCCAGCAGUUCAACCAGGCUCCUCAACAACCCCAGCAGUCCUACCAGGCUCCCCAACAGCCCCAGCAAUCCUACCAGGCUCCUCAACAACCCCAGCAGUCCUACCAGGCUCCUCAACAGCCUCGACAGUCCUACCAGGCUUCUCAACAGCCCCGGCAGUCCUACCCGGCUCCUCAACAGCCCCAACAGUCCUACCAGGCUCCUCAACAAUCCCAACAGUCAUACCAGGCUCCUCAACAGCCCCGGCAGUCCUACCAGGCUCCUCAACAGCCCCGGCAGACCUACCCGGCUCCUCAACAGCCCCGACACUCCAACCAGGCUCCCCCACAGCACCAGCAGUCCUACCAGGCUCCUCAACAAGGUUACUGAGUCCCUUCGUAAGUUUCAGAAAAAAUUCUGCCCACAUCAAAACAAAAUCUGUUUAACUUUAC